CUCAAGUUGCUUCAUAUGCUGCUUUCUGUUCACAAAGCUCUCUUACACCUCUAAACAAAUGUUCAGUCAUCCUCUGAGCACCAGACGAGUGACAUCCGAAGUCACAAUGCUGUACUUUCUAAGCUUCGUUUUGCUUCUCGACUACGUAGAAAAUGCAGCAGUCAGUACAUCCAGUUUAACCAGUACAACUAGUGGCGCUGUGGUGAAGUUGGUGAAUGGUGUUAAGGGCUGUUCUGGAAGGGUUGAGAUUUAUAGGGACAACUGGGGCACCAUUUGUUACGAAGGGCUGGAUGAAGUCGAAGGCCAAAUGAUCUGCAUGGAAGCAGGUUGUGGUCCUCUCAUAUCCAUACACUCUGGUGAUUUGUAUGGCGAGGGUUCGGGACCAAUACUCACAGACGACCUGAACUGUUUCGGGAAUGAGAGCUCGGUGCUCGAUUGCGAUUGGGAUAACCACACCGAUGCGUGUGACCACACGAAAGACGCUGGAGUUGUCUGUGACUCCACCAUAAAGUUUCGAGAUGGCAGUGGCAUGUGUUCAGGGAGAGUGGAGGUUUUCCACAACAGAGAGUGGGGAACGGUCUGUGACACCCACUGGGAUCUCAUGGACGCAUUGGUGGCGUGCGCAGAACGUGGCUGUGGAAAACCAGUGGCUUUAUACAACAAUGCUUUUUUCAAACAGGGGUCGGGUAAAGUAUGGAUGGAUGGCAUCGCCUGCAGGGGCAGAGAAACUUCACUGAAAGAUUGUGUGUUUAGCGGUUGGGGAGUCAGUACCUGUACACAUGCGGAUGAUGCUGGACUCACCUGUUCAGAGGUUAUGCUUAUGGAUGGAGAAAACACUUGCUCCGGGAGGGUGGAGGUCCUCUAUGAUGGUCAAGGGUGGGGAACUGUUAACAACUACGGCUGGAAUCUGUUGGGCGGAGAUGUGAUCUGCAAACAGGCCUCUUGUGGGAGUGCGCUGAGUGUCGCGGCUGGAUCCUUUUUUAAGAAGGGUUCAGGUAGUAUAUGGAUGUAUGAUACCAAUUGUGCUGGGACUGAACCCUCUCUGAAAAAAUGUAUUUCAGGGAUAAACACGAAUAGAAAGUUUACACACAACGAUGACGCAGGAGUCGUCUGCAGAGAGGUCAAACUGGUAAACGGCCUAAACGUUUGUCGUGGCACAGUACAGGUUCGUUAUAGUGGAGAUUGGGGCACAGUUUGUCAUACCAAUUGGGAUUUACUGGACGGUCUUGUGCUGUGUCGAGAGCUUGGCUGUGGUCCUCUUAUACAGACAUACCCUGGAGCUUAUUUCGGGAUCGGUUCAGGUAACAUAUUGAUGGAUAGUUUAGCGUGUAGCGGGAGUGAGUCCUCACUGAAGGAGUGCGCUGCCUCGGUAAACAGCCUCUGUACACAUUCUGAGGAUGCAGGAGUCGCCUGCGGAGAAGUGAGAUUGGCAGAUGGAGGCAGCAGUUGUUCUGGAAGGGUGGAGGUUCUUAUAGACAAUCAGUGGGGAACUGUUUGUGGAGACAUAUGGGAUAUGAAUCACGCUCAGGUUGUCUGUAGAGAGCUGGGCUGUGGAAGUCCGAUAGAGGUAAAGACAGAUGGUUAUUUCGGAAGUGGUGUAGGACCAAUAUGGAUUGAUGAUGUGAGAUGUUCAGGCAAGGAGGACUCAGUGAAGCACUGUCCAUCAAAUCAAUGGGGAAAACACAACUGUGAGCACAAGCAGGAUGCAGGUGUCAUCUGCCGAGAGGUCAGGUUGGUGAACGGGAACAACUCCUGUCAGGGCACAGUGGAGGUGUUUCAUGACGGCCAGUGGGGAACAGUGUGCCACAACAGCUGGGAUAUCGCAGAUGGUUUAGUACUAUGUAGAGAGCUGGGCUGUGGUGGAAACGUACAGCCCUUGCCAAAUGCCCAUUUUGGGGCCGGCACGGGGCCGAUAUGGAUGGAUUCCCUCAGAUGCAGAGGAGACGAGUCAAACCUCAGGAACUGUCAAUUUGGUGGGUGGGGAAACCAUCAAUGUAUUCAUGCAUAUGAUGCAGGAAUCAUUUGCAAAGAGAUUAGAAAUGUGCUCCGGAUAAAGGUGAACGCUGACUCUGUUAAUCCCAAUGAUCCUUCACAACUGACAAAACUACUAGACAAAAUUAAAAAUGAGGUCAAAAAGAAUGGAAAUUUCUCUGUCCAGUGGAGAACUCAGCCGAAUGGGCAAGUGUUUCAGGAAAAGAAAUUAUUUGAUCCCUCCAAUAUGAUGUGGUCUGUGCAACUCUUUCUGCUUCUGGGCUGCACAACAGUCACUAUUGGCAGUGACAUCAGACUAGUGAAUGGCAGUGACUCCUGUUCUGGACGAGUGGAGGUUCUCUAUAAUGGAAUAUGGGGAACAGUGUGUGAUGAUGGCUGGGAUCUGUCAGAUGCUGCAGUGGUGUGUAGAGAGAUGGGAUGUGGGGAUGUGAUAGAGGCAAAGAGUGUGGCUUAUUUUGGACAAGGAUCAGGACAGAUAUGGAUGGAUGAUGUAAACUGCACCGGCACUGAGUCCUCACUAAAGAACUGUACAAAAAGUGGAUGGGGAACACACAACUGUGGACAUCAUGAAGAUGCUGGAGUCAUCUGCAGCUCUGUAAGGUUGGUAAUGGAUGACAACUCCUGUUCUGGACGAGUGGAGGUUCUCUAUAAUGGAAUAUGGGGAACAGUGUGUGAUGAUGGCUGGGAUCUGUCAGAUGCUGCAGUGGUGUGUAGAGAGAUGGGCUGUGGGAAUGUGAUAGAGGCAAAGAGAGCUGCUUAUUUUGGACAGGGAUCAGGACAGAUAUGGAUGGAUGAUGUAAACUGCACUGGCACUGAGUCCUCACUAAAGAACUGUAGGACAAGAGGAUGGGGAACACACGACUGUGGACAUCAUGAAGACGCUGGAGUCAUUUGCAACUCUGUAAGGUUGGUAAUGGGUGACAACUCCUGUUCUGGACGAGUGGAGGUUCUCUAUAAUGGAAUAUGGGGAACAGUGUGUGAUAAUGGCUGGGAUCUGUCAGAUGCUGCAGUGGUGUGUAGAGAGAUGGGCUGUGGGGAUGUAAUAGAGGCAAAGAGUUUUGCUUAUUUUGGACAAGGAUCAGGACAGAUAUGGAUGGAUGAUGUAAACUGUGCUGGCACUGAGUCCUCACUAAAGAACUGUACGACAAGAGGAUGGGAAACACACAACUGUACACAUUCUAAAGAUGCUGGAGUCAUUUGCAACUCUGUAAGGUUGGUAAUGGGUGACAACUCCUGUUCUGGACGAGUGGAGGUUCUCUAUAAUGGAACAUGGGGAACAGUGUGUGAUGAUGACUGGGAUCUGUCAGAUGCUGCAGUGGUGUGUAGAGAGAUGGGCUGUGGGAAUGUGAUAGAGGCAAAGAGAGCUGCUUAUUUUGGACAAGGAUCAGGACAGAUAUGGAUGGAUGAUGUAAACUGUGCUGGCACUGAGUCCUCACUAAAGAACUGUAGGACAAGAGGAUGGGGAACACACGACUGUGGACAUCAUGAAGACGCUGGAGUCAUUUGCAACUCUGUAAAGUUGGUAACGGGUGACAACUCCUGUUCUGGACGAGUGGAGGUGCGCCACAAUGGAAUAUGGGGAACAGUGUGUGAUGAUGGCUGGGAUCUGUCAGAUGCUGCAGUGGUGUGUAGAGAGAUGGGCUGUGGGAGUGUAAUAGAGGCAAAGAGUGCUGCUUAUUUUGGACAGGGAUCAGGACAGAUAUGGAUGGAUGAUGUAAACUGUGCUGGCACUGAGUCCUCACUAAAGAACUGUAGGACGAGAGGAUGGGGAACACACAACUGUGGACAUCAUGAAGACGCUGGAGUCAUCUGUGAAGCCUUUAUUAGGUUGGUAAAUGGCAGUGACUCCUGUUCUGGACGAGUGGAGGUUCUCUAUAAUGGAAUAUGGGGAACAGUGUGUGAUGAUGGCUGGGAUCUGUCAGAUGCUGCAGUGGUGUGUAGAGAGAUGGGAUGUGGGGAUGUGAUAGAAGCUAAAAGAGGUCCUUAUUUUGGACAAGGAUCAGGGCCAAUAUGGAUGGAUGAUGUUCAAUGUGCUGGCAAUGAAUCUGCACUGAAAAAUUGUUCAUCAAGUGGAUGGGGAGUAAACAACUGUAGCCACCAACAACAUUCUGGAGUCAUCUGCCAAUGUGAGUCAAAAUAUUCAAAGAAUUUAAAGGAAUCAGCCUCUGUGGCUUUCUUGAGCUACAGCAAAAUGGAGAAUCUAUUGAAGCCCGACUUCUUCAACACAUCAAACAACACAACUAAAACGAUGAUGUCCACUGUGAUCUCAGCAACUCUUCCCAAAACCACCAAAACCGAACUCACCAAACCAGUCAACUUCACCCUCAAACACAUCAGAGAGCUCGACCCCAAUGGUUCUCUGUCCUGUGUUUACUGGAAUGCCAGUGAAUGGGUUGUAGAUGGUUGUUCUGUUUUAAAGACCAACAGCAGUUUCACAGUGUGUUCCUGUGUUCAUCUGUCAACAUUCGCUCUCAUAAUGCAAUUAAACCCGCCAGAAAAACCAGCACCAGAAAAACCUCCUUCAAAGAUUGAAACAAGCGACUCACUGCUGGAGAUGUUAAAUUUGGUGUGUGUGAUCGUUGGGCUGGUGUUCUUCAGUUUGGCCCUGUUGACCUUUGCCCUCUGUCAGUGGAGUCCUGGAGUGAAUAAUGUGGCUCGAGUCAACAUUUGCAUAACCCUACUGUUGGCUCACCUUCUGUUCCUGCUCACACAACAGUUCCUGAGCCUCAUACGCCCUCAGCAGGUGCUGUGUACUGUCAUAUCAGGUGUUCUGCACUUCCUCUUUCUCUCUGGCUUUGUGUGGAUGUUCAUUGAAGCGGUGCUGCUCUUCAUCUGCGUGACUAACCUAUCACGGAUCAGCUCCAAAAAGAGGGAGGUGCUUAGCAAUGGAUUCAUGUGUGUGAUUGGAUAUACGGUUGCUCUGGUUGUGGUGAGCGUGUCUGUCGGGCUGGUUCCGGAAGGCUACGGCAGCCAACACUGUUGGAUUAAAAUCGAUAAAGGUUUUAUCUGGAGUUUUCUGGGUCCUGUUAGUGUCAUACUAUCAAUGAACAUGAUUCUCUUCAUCAGCAUCAUCAUCAGACUGAACUCAACUCUCCAAAAUCUGAACGCAGAAAUUUCACAGAUGAAACAAGCCAAGAUUAUUGCAUUUAAAACACUGGCUCAGUUUGUGGUUCUUGGUUGCUCCUGGAUUCUGGGUUUCUUCAUUAACGGCAGUAAAGAGCUGGAAAUCCUAUUCCUGAUCUUAAACUCCCAGCAGGGAACCUUCAUCUUCCUGAUCUAUUGUGUCCUGAAUAAUGAGGGUCACAGAUUGGAGUUGUGCCCCAGAAUGGAGAAGAAGCUGCACCGAGAGAAAAUUGAUUUUCUAAAGGUGAAAGGGGCCGGGGCUCAAGACUGUGUUUUGCCAAUUGUGCCUGUACAAAUCAAGGCUGUAAAAGGCAGUAAGAUAUUAAAAACGUAUGCAUUUUUAGAUCCCGGCAGUACAGCCACUUUCUGCUCUGAGCGACUCAUGAGGGAACUAAAAGUGAGGGGAAAGAAUGCCAAGAUCCUGUUGAAAACCAUGAGCCAAGAAAGGUUGAGCUGUGGUUGGGAUGAUCCCAUUUCCCCAAACUACCAACUACAAUGGGUGAGGUGGCUAGAAGAUCUAAGAAAGCUUAGCACAUUUAGCGUACCAAGAUGCAUCAAGCCCAAAGAUUUUGGACAGCUCACAAAUGCUCAACUACAUCAUUUCUCUGAUGCCAGCGAGGAUGGUUAUGGUACAGUAUCAUACCUGAGGCUGCAGAAUGACAAGAAGAAGAUUCAUCUUGCAUUCAUUCUAGGAAAAGCAAGAGUUGCUCCAUUAAAGAAAGUGACAAUCCCAAGGAUGGAACUAACCGCUGCUGUGCUUGCAGUUCGAGUUGAUAGGAUGUUGAAAACAGAACUGCAGCUAGAGUUGGAAAAUUCAACCUUUUGGAGUGACAGCACAACUGUGCUAAAGUACAUUAGGAAUGAAACAAAGCGUUUUCACACCUUUGUGGCCAAUAGGAUCUCCACAAUAAGAGAAUCCACUGCUGUCUCACAAUGGAGGUACGUUGAUACAAAGCAGAAUCCUGCUGAUGAGGCUUCACGUGGGGUGAAAAUUGAGUACCUUCUCACAAGCAGCAGAUGGAUCAACGGCCCAGAUUUCCUUCUUAAGAAUGAAGGGGAAUGGCCUGUUAACAUUGUAGAUUCUGUUUCCAUCAGCAGUGACGACCCAGAGGUCAAAGGAGAGGCUACAGUAAACGCUGUAGUCAUUAAAGAUGUCCUAAAUGUAACAAACACAGAUACACAGAAUGCAACAAACCAGUUGAUAACUUAUUUCUCUUCAUGGAAAAGGUUAAAAACCACAGUUGCUUGCUUUCUACAAGUGAAAAAGAUGUUGCUGCUGUUGAGUCGGAAGAGAAAAGAAAUACAAGCUUCUGUGUCUUGCAUUGGACUCGACAUAAGUCAACUAAAGAGCAAAGUGGAAAAGGAGAUGCAAAGAUUCAGAACCACACUGACUGGUCAAACCAUGUCCCCUGAAGAUCUCGACACUGCUGAAAGUGCCAUCAUUCAAUACUGUCAACUGGACAAGUUUAAUGAUGAAAUAGCGGUUUUGAAAGGGGGAACAUCUGGAGUAAAGAAAAGCAGCCAUAUUUAUAAACUUGAUCCAAUGUUCGAAAACGGGCUCUUGAGAGUGGGUGGAAGGCUCAGUAAAGCAGCAAUGCCUGAGGGCAUGAAACAUCCAGUCAUUUUGGCUAAAGACCAACAUAUCUCCACUCUCAUUCUUCGCCACAUUCAUGAGCAGUUAGGACAUUGUGGAAGAAAUCACCUGCUUUCUAGACUUCGUCAGCGGUAUUGGAUCACCAGCGCAAAUGCUGCUGCUAGAAAGAUUCUCUCAUCCUGCGUCAUUUGUAGACGUUUUAGAGGAAAGCUGGGUGAACAAAAGAUGGCAGAUUUGCCGAAAGACAGACUUCAACCUGACCUCCCACCAUUCACAAAUGUGGGUGUUGAUUACUUCGGGCCUUUCGAAGUGAAGAGAGGCCGCAGCUUCAUAAAACGUUAUGGUGUUAUCUUCACCUGUAUGGCCAGCAGGGCAGUGCAUUUGGAAAUGGCAUAUUCCUUAGAUACCAGUUCUUGUAUUAAUGCACUGCACAGAUUUAUAUCCAGAAGAGGCCAGGUAUCGCACAUCAGAUCAGACAAUGGGACUAACUUCGUAGGAACAGAACGUGAACUGAGAGAGGCUCUGGCUGCUGUCAAUCACCAAAAAAUUCAAAAGGCAUUACUUCAGUCAGGAGUGAAAUGGAGCUUCAACACUCCUGCUGCAUCACAUCAUGGCGGAACAUGGGAACGAAUCAUUCGCAUGGUCAGACAGGUGCUGAACUCAGUCCUUCAUCAGCAAAGUGUGGAUGAUGAGGGGUUACAAACUUUUCUAUGUGAGGUGGAAGCCAUAUUAAAUGACCGUCCCAUCACCAGAGUAUCAGAUGAUCCGAACGAUCUGGAACCCUUGACCCCAAAUCAUAUCCUUCUGUUGAAAGGCAAACCUGCACUUCCACCUGGGCUUUUCGAGAAGAGUGACUUGUACACGAAACAACGGUGGAGGCAAGUUCAGUUUUUAUCGGAUCUCUUCUGGCACAGAUGGAUCCGGGAGUACUUACCUCUGUUACAGGAACGACAACGGUGGUCCAAGGACAAGAGAAGCUUCAUCAUUGGAGACAUAGUCAUUGUAGCAGACUCUACUGCUCCUCGCGGAUCCUGGUUGUUAGGGAAGAUGAUUGACAACUGCAUUCUACAACCAUUUAAAAUUCAUAAAAAUUCAGGAGCACUUUCCAAAAAGACCAGCUCAGUCAAAGAUGAAGAAGAGAACCAUUUAGCAGACGAUAUGCUGUGGUUUAUGCAAUUCUUUCUGCUUCUGGCAUGUAUAGGUUAUACAAUUGCCACUACAGAAGAAAUCAGACUGGUGGGUGGCAUUGACUCCUGUUCUGGACGAGUGGAGGUUCUCUAUAAUGGAACAUGGGGAACAGUGUGUGAUGAUUACUGGGGUCUGUCAGAUGCUGCAGUGGUGUGUAGAGAGAUGGGCUGUGGGAAUGUGACAGAGGCAAAGAGAGCUGCUUAUUUUGGAGAAGGAUCAGGACAGAUAUGGAUGGAUGAUGUAAACUGUGCUGGCACUGAGUCCUCACUAAAAAACUGUAGGACGAAAGGAUGGGGAACACACGACUGUGGACAUUCUAAAGAUGCUGGAGUCAUCUGCAACUCUGUAAAGUUGGUAAUGGGUGACAACUCCUGUUCUGGACGAGUGGAGGUUCUCUAUAAUGGAACAUGGGGAACAGUGUGUGAUGAUGACUGGGAUCUGUCAGAUGCUGCAGUGGUGUGUAGAGAGAUGGGCUGUGGGAAUGUGAUAGAGGCAAAGAGAGCUGCCUAUUUUGGACAGGGAUCAGGACAGAUAUGGAUGGAUGAUGUAAACUGCACUGGCACUGAGUCCUCAAUAAAGAACUGUAGGACAAGAGGAUGGGGAACACACGACUGUGGACAUUCUGAAGAUGCUGGAGUCAUUUGCAACUAUUUUCUUUGUUUAAGAAAUUACCCAAGAGAGUUAAACAGAAAAAAUCCUGAAUUAAAGGUCUUUUUCUUUCGAAAGCCAUAUGUCAUUGCUCUUUUUCACUUAAAAGAAUGCAAACAAAUAUGUGCGGAAAAACUACAAUUGACUUGUGUCUUUAUAUUAUUUGUGUGUAUAAUAGCUGUAAAGUUGGUAAUGGGUGACAACUCCUGUUCUGGACGAGUGGAGGUUCUCUAUAAUGGAAUAUGGGGAACAGUGUGUGAUGAUGGCUGGGAUCUGUCAGAUGCUGCAGUGGUGUGUAGAGAGAUGGGCUGUGGGAAUGUGAUAGAGGCAAAGAGUGAUGCUUAUUUUGGAGAAGGAUCAGGACAGAUAUGGAUGGAUGAUGUAAACUGUGCUGGCACUGAGUCCUCACUAAAGAACUGUAGGACAAGAGGAUGGGGAACACACAACUGUGGACAUUCUAAAGAUGCUGGAGUCAUCUGCAACUCUGUAAAGUUGGUAAUGGGUGACAACUCCUGUUCUGGACGAGUGGAGGUUCUCUAUAAUGGAAUAUGGGGAACAGUGUGUGAUGAUGGCUGGGAUCUGUCAGAUGCUGCAGUGGUGUGUAGAGAGAUGGGCUGUGGGAAUGUGACAGAGGCAAAGAGAGCUGCUUAUUUUGGACAAGGAUCAGGACAGAUAUGGAUGGAUGAUGUAAACUGCACUGGCACUGAGUCCUCACUAAAGAACUGUAGGACAAGAGGAUGGGGAACACACGACUGUGGACAUUCUGAAGAUGCUGGAGUCAUUUGCAACUCUGUAAAGUUGGUAAUGGGUGACAACUCCUGUUCUGGACGAGUGGAGGUUCUCUAUAAUGGAAUAUGGGGAACAGUGUGUGAUGAUGGCUGGGGUCUGUCAGAUGCUGCAGUGGUGUGUAGAGAGAUGGGCUGUGGGGAUGUGAUAGAGGCAAAGAGAGCUGCCUAUUUUGGACAGGGAUCAGGACAGAUAUGGAUGGAUGAUGUAAACUGUGCUGGCACCGAGUCCUCACUAAAGAACUGUAGGACAAGAGGAUGGGGAACACACAACUGUGAACAUUCUAAAGAUGCUGGAGUCAUCUGCACUGUCUUUAUAUCGUUUGUAUGGAUAGUAUCUGUCAGGUUGGUGAAUGGAGACAACUCCUGUUCUGGACGAGUGGAGGUUUUCUAUAAUGGAAUAUGGGGAACAGUGUGUGAUGAUGACUGGGAUCUGUCAGAUGCUGCAGUGGUGUGUAAAGAACUGGGCUGUGGGAGUGUUGUAGAUGCAAGUCAUGCUUACUUUGGCCAGGGAUCAGGACCGAUGUUGUUGAAUAAUGCACAAUGUACUGGGAGUGAAUCUACUUUAAAAAGAUGCAGAUCAAAUGCAACUGCCUCCUGCAGUAAUUAUAAAGGUGCUGGAGUCAUCUGUCAACCUUCAGUCUUAUUUAUAAAUGGCAGUCAUCCAUGUUCUGGAAGAGUGGAGGUGCGCCACAAUGGAAUAUGGGGAACAGUGUGUGAUGAUGACUGGGGUCUGUCAGAUGCUGCAGUGGUGUGUAGAGAGAUGGGCUGUGGGAAUGUGAUAGAGGCAAAGAGUGGCGCUUUUUUCGGAGAAGGAUCAGGACCUGUGUGGUUUAAUAACGUGAGAUGUAUUGGAACAGAGUCUUCACUGAGGGACUGUGUUUUAAGUGGACGAUUUCAACAGAACUGCAUCCAUAAAAAAGAUGCUGGUGUUAUCUGUGGAGCCAAAAUUCAAUUGCAGAAUGGUUCCGGCUCCUGUUCUGGACGAGUGGAGGUUCUCCAUAAAGGAACAUGGGGAACAGUGUGUGAUGAUGGCUGGGAUCUGUCAGAUGCUAGAGUGGUGUGUAGAGAGAUGGGCUGUGGGGAUGCGAUUCAGGCAAAGAGAGCUGCCUAUUUUGGACAGGGAUCAGGACCAAUAUGGAUGAAUAAUGUAAAUUGUAAUGGGGAUGAGCUUACUCUAAAGAGAUGUAGAUCAAAUGGAUGGGACAUCCAGAACUGUGAUCAUCAUAAAGAUGCUGGUGUCAUCUGCCAAUUUGACAAUUUAUCUUCAACGACUGCAAAAACAAGCUCAACAACAGAAGUGAAGUCUGCAGCUGCUGUUUCUUCCACCAGCUCUUUCGUCUCUUAUCACUUUACCUAUAUCAACGAGUCAAAAAGCUGGAUUGACGCACUAGGAUACUGCAGAAUUCACCACCAGACUUUGGUGCACAUUUUAAAUGCCACAGCGCAAGAGUACAUCACACAGAUGCUGCGGGGAAAAGAAAUCCACAAUGGAGUGUGGAUCGGGCUUGAACGGAGUAUGCUCUUCACUUGUUCGCACUGGCUGUGGACCGGUGGGCCAUACGUGGACUACACAUCAUGGCAUCAAAAAUUUCCAGUGGACCUAGAGAGCAGGUUUUGUGGAAAACUUCUUGGGAAGGGAGAAAAUAUGUUUGGAUGGGUGGAUGCUUGCUGCCAUGAGCAACUUCCUUUUAUUUGUCAGGGAUGAAACACUAGGCGGAGCUGUUUCCAAGUUUGGAGUCGUUUGCUGAUGCUUUGAUUAGCAAAUUUUAAUUAAUUUUAUUUUUAUUUUAUUUUAAUUUAAUUUUAAGUUAUUUUAAUAUGCAGCCCUGUUUGGUGGUUUGGACUUGCAUUUGAAUUACAAAAUAAUACAUUUCUCUGUUUGUAUUUUCUCUUAAAUCUUUAAUAAUGCAUGCAAUGAUUUUUAAAUCUUUCUGCAUGGUUGAUGGAAAGCUGGCUUAAUAUAAGAUAUAUUCUACAUGGAAAUGUAAAUCUUUUUUCUUUGAUUUGUCAUAGUUUAUACAGUUUAUUAUCUAUAUGGCUAAUGAACUUUAUUAAAGUAAGUUAGUUCUGUGUGCCCAUAAGUUAAUAUUUGAGAUUCUUGUGCUUAUUUUUGUGUGUGUUUUCUUUUCCUUUGUUACCCAUUCCCAUUUAAAUGUAUUUAAUUGCAGUAAGUUUUUAGUGCCAUGCAUAAUUCAUUACUAUUUAAAUAAUGUUUUUGAAAUGUUUCUCUACUAUUAACCUGUAACAAAUUAU